UGUCUUUCUGUUUCAACCUUCUUGUCUUCGGACUAUCAUUCCUUGUUUGACUCCAAGCUUCUCAUUCCUUUUGGAAGCCGAGUUACCACAAUCCCUCACAGGCAUAAACUAUCUGAGCUAGUUCUCGAUCAACACAUCAUCAACCCUCAACAGCUGCAGCAACUGCACCUGAAUACAUACCAACAACAGACGUCUUGAUUCGGUCUUUAUCAGACGCCACUGAACAAUACUCUUGUCUUGACGACAAUCGAGAAACUGCAACCAUCUAUUUAUACCAAUACCCAGCAACUUUAGCACCACCAAACCUCAAAACACCGCCAACAUGAAGUUCGCUACUGCUAUCAUGGCCUUUGUUGCCUCUGCUACCUACGCCGCUGCCGCUCAGGUCACCUUCAAGACUCUUGACGACAAGGUCCGAACCGUGUACUUCACCUCUGACCCCGGAUAUGCCAGCAUCGAUCCCGUCGUUGUGAGCAACAAGGAGGACACCACUGUCCAGUUCCCUGACAAGUACAUUGGAAACUACUGGGCCGUCGUCAAGGGUGGCAAGAACACUGGCACUGGCAUGCUCGGCGAGGUCACCUUUGGCGGCUGGAUGGGCAAGACCUACUUUGACGUUUCCGCCAUUGUCGUUCCCGGAGACACCAACAACGUCAAGCAAAUGUACCCUGCCAAGUCCAUGACCCCCGACUCUGGCUGCGAGGAGUUCCCCUGCGACAACGCCUACUACCUGCCCGACGAUGAGCAGACCAAGGUGACUGACGAGACUCACCUCAUCACCACCCUGGGCGCCGGCUCGAUUGAGCUGCCCAAGGCUGCUGCCCAGUAAGCGCAGUCUGUUGACCGCCUAAAAAAGACGGCUCAUCUCACAACUUCUUUACUUCUCGACACCCCCCCUUUUCGUUGCCGUGUUGACACGGCACUUGACGAUGACACGAUACGAUUCUCUUUCACAUACCCCCAAAAGAUACCCCUCGCGAUUUGACAACAAAACAAAACCGAGGUCUUUUUUCAUCUGAUUGCGAGGAAAACUCUGGGUUAGACAUUUUGGGCGGAGCAGGCUGGCGCUUACGGAUGGAUGGAUGGAUGGGUAAACAAAACUCGAGACAAGAACAGGACUGGGCAGAGAUCAAAGCCCAUCUGGAGAGCAGCAUCACUCUUUCUGCACUCUCUCACAUGCACAUACAAGCAACAUUUUUAUUACAGGCUUGACGCCUCUUGUGUCAGCAAGGGGGGUUCGAGGCUGGCACUCACUCACACAAACUUACAAAAUUCUACGCACAUUAUUUUUG